GACACAAUACAUCAGGUGAAGCAGUUCUUGAUUUUCUUUAUCUUUUUGCAGAAGAACUGCAAUCAUGUGGUUCAGUCGUGUCCUCUUCUUCAUCAUCCUCCUGGGCUUCCUCUGCCUCACGCUGGCACAAGAUGAAACCUGCUGUCUGCGGUGUGUCAAAAGAGUUAGACUGUCCAUUAAAAACAGAGUGACCAGUUACAGAAAACAAGGCCUGGACGGAGGUUGCAACCUCCCAGCUGUUGUAUUCACAUUGGACAAUGACCAUGAGUUCUGUGCUGAUCCCAAUGAAACAUGGGUCCGUGAGCUCAUGCGGAGGGUGAACAGACUGCCAGAUUCGUGGUCUGUGUGGCCUUGGGUACCUGAAAUGCCUCAAACAUCUGAAAUGCCUCAAACAUCUGAAAUGCCUCAUACUCCUGAAAUGCCUCAAACAUCUGAAAUGCCUUACACUCCUGAAAUUCCUCAAACGUCGGAAAUGCCUCAAACUUCUGAAAUGCCUCAUACUCCUGAAAUCCCUCAAACAUCUGAAAUUCCUAAAACAUCUGAAAUGCCUCAAACUUCUGAAAUGCCUCAAACGGAAAUGCCUCAAACGUCUGAUAUGCCUCAUACUCCUGAAAUGCCUCAUACUCCUGAAAUGCCUCAAACGUCUGAAAUGCCUCAAAUGUCAGAAAUGCCUCAAACGUCUGAAAUGCCUCAAAUGUCUGAAAUUCCUCAUACUCCUGAAAUUCCUCAUACUCCUACUCCUGAAAUGCCUCAUACUUCUGAAAAACCUCAAACAUCUGAAAUGCCUCAAACGUCUGAAAUGCCUCAAACAUCUGAAAUGCCUCAUACUCCUGAAAUGCCUCAAACGUCUAAAAUGCCUCAAACUUCUGAAAUCCCUCAUACUCCUGAAAUCCCUCAAACGUCUGAAAUCCCUCAAACGUCUGAAAUGCCUCAAACGUCUGAAAUGCCUCAAAUGUCUGAAAUGCCUCAAACUUCUGAAAUCCCUCACACUCCUGAAAUCCCUCAAACAUCUGAAAUGCCUCAAACAUCUGAAAUGCCUCAAACUCCUGAAAUGCCUCAAACGUUUGAAAUGCCUUGGACACCUGAAAUGCCUCAAACCUCUGAAAUGCCUCAGAUGCCUCAAAUGCCUGAAAUCCCUGAAAUUACUAGAAAGCCUAAAAUACCUCAGAUGCCUCAAACGCCUGAAAUCCCUGAAAUUACUAGAAAGCCUGAAAUUCCUCGACCACCAGAAAGGUUUCCAACACCUGGAAAGGCACAAGAUGAUUACUGCUGCACGCAUUAUGUCGAUAGAGUUAGACUCUCUAUAAGGAACAGAGUGACUAGCUACAGCAUACAAAAACCGAAUGGACGUUGCAGCAUCCCUGCUGUUGUCUUCAGAGUGGAUCGUGACCAUAAGUUUUGUGCAAACCCCCAAGAAUAUUGGGUCCGCAUUCUCAAAGAAAGGGUGGAUGAAAUGUUCAGAGGGUCAGUUAAAGAUAAGACCUGCUGUCUGGGGUAUGUCGAAAGAGUUAGACUGUCCAUUAGAAACAGAGUGACCAGUUACAGAAAACAAAGCCUGAACGGAGGCUGCAGAAUCCAAGCUAUUGUAUUCAAAUUGGACAAUAACCAAGAGUUCUGUGCUGACCCCUCUGAAAUAUGGGUCAUUGAACUCAUGAUGAGGGUGACCAGACAGCGAGGUUCAAGGAGGUCUUCCAUGCCUCAGAUGUCUCGAAUACCCAAAUAUCCUCAAAUACCCAAAUAUCCUCGAAUUCCCGAAUAUCCUCGAAUACCCGAAUAUCCUCGAAUACCCGAAUAUCCUCGAAUGCCUGCAAUGCCUCGGAUGCCUGAAAUGCCUCGGAUGCCUGAAAUGCCUCGAAUGCCUGCAAUGCCUCGGAUGCCUGCAAUGCCUCGGAUGCCUGAAAUGCCUCGGAUGCCUUUUUGAAUGCCUAAAAUGUUUAGAAUGCCUGAAUUGCUUUGGAUGCUCCGAAUUGAUUUGAAUGUCUAUAAAGUCUGAAAUGCCUUGGAACACUUGAAAUUCCUCAAACAUCUGAAACGCCUCAAAAAUAUUAAAUGCUUUGGACACCUGAAAUGCUUUGAAUUCCUUCCCAUGUCUUCCAUGUCUCCAAUGUAUCAAAUUCCUUCAAUGCAUAAAAUGCCUUCCAUGCCUUGAAUGCUUGAACAGACAUAAUGUUGCCACUUUUCAUAAUUAACUGAA